AUGGCAAGCCACAAGGAAUCUUCACCUCCGCCAUAUUCUUUUAAGGCUUCAUUUAGCCAACAUUUAAAACAUUUCAAGGAAUCGUCUUUUGGUGGUGCUAGUGACUCUAAAAAUCGUGAGAUGAACAGUGUAGAUUCCGCUGACGGAAGCAGUAUCAGCAACAACAGCAAUCAAAACACUAAUAACAGCAAUCAUCCAGUAUCAUCACACGUCGACCAUUCAAUGGGUCAGAUUUUACCUCCAGAUGAUGGGCUUCCUCCUUUAGCUCCGAUCAAAUUGCUGGGCUACAAAACUACCACUCAUCAUCGCCUCCUUACUCCUGAACUUGCCGAAGAGAUCCGUAAUUUGAUCGGUGCCAGGCUUCAGCUUUACUCAGAAUGGAACCUUUUAUACUCACUUGAGCAACAUGGGGCUUCUUUGAAUACUUUGUAUACUCGUGUGCUGCCGACUUUCCAUGACCCCGGCUCGAGGAAUGUCGAUAUCCGGUCAUUAAAUCAGACCUACAACUAUUCAACGAUACAUCGAACAUAUACAUCUAACCACCAAAAGAAGACUGGUUACGUUAUUAUUGUGAGGGACAGGGAAGGUAAUAUUUUUGGGGCAUACAGUAAUGAGCACUUUCGGCCCCUGGAAGCCCAUGAAAGAUUCUACGGUAAUGGGGAAUGUUUUUUGUGGCGAUGUGUUAAAACUAAUGUUUUUGAAAUAAACCAUGAGAAGGGAACUAAUACAGUGAAAAGAAGAUUGUCAUAUAAUGAUACUAAUUCAGGCGAAGAAGUGGAAAAAGGAAAGUCCAAAGAGAUGGUUAAACUGAUGAAUGGAAAUAAGCUUGAAGGUUUAAAAGAAGGGGAAAUGCACAAACCACUUUUGGACCACCCACUUAACAAUAAAGGGGAAAAUAAUUCAGUCACCCAUCUCCAGUUCAAAGCUUUCUUAUAUACGGGCCUCAAUGACUUCAUUAUCCACUGUGGUAGGGAUUUCUUAUCGAUGGGGGUUAGUGGAGGCCAUUAUGGCCUUUGGAUGGAUGGUGGGUUAAUUAAUGGUGUUAGUUAUAAGACCAUGACUUUUGGAAAUGAACCAUUGAGUGGAAUGGGUGAGAAGUUUGUUAUCAGUGGGGUGGAAGUUUGGAAAGUUGGAUAG